GGGCGCGCAGCUGCCUCCGUCAGGCUCUCUCUUCCCCGCCUCGCGCAAGCGCCACAAGCCGCCCGGUUCCGAUCGGGGAGCGCUGCUGGGAAGGAUGCUCCGCGCCCGGUAAGCUGUGCGCCCUUGCGGCUGGCUCCCCGCUCCACCCCCGGGCCGGGGGCGCAGGAGGCGCGCCGCCAACACCGCCAUGCGCCAAGCUUUGGCUCCGCCGCGCUCCAGUGCGAUCCCGCUCUCCACCUCUGCCGGGUCUUUCAACAGAAGGAAGCGAAAUUCCCUCUAUGUCACCGUGAGCCUCCUCAUCGUCUCACUCCUCAUUCUCACCGUGGGCCUCGCGGCGACCACACGAACUCAAAACGUGACUGUUGGGGGUUACUACCCGGGAGCUAUUCUGGGCUUCGGAUCUUUUCUUGGCAUUAUCGGAUCCAAUUUGAUAGAAAAUAAAAGACAAAUGCUGGUCGCCUCCAUCGUCUUCAUCAGUUUCGGGGUCAUCGCUGCCUUCUGCUGCGCGAUUGUGGAUGGCGUCUUUGCCGCCCGGCAUAUCGAUUUGAGGCCACUUUACGCAGGACGUUGUCACUACUUUGCCAAAAGUACAACCCAGCCCAAAACCGUGUGCCACCCGCAGCCUCGGAGUUCCUGCGUUCCAAACAUCAGAACCAACACCUGCUUUUGUUGCGACUUGUACCACUGCGGAAGGAGGGAGAUUUCCGGUGGCUAUUAUGAAUUCAUCGAUGUCAACAGUUGCCAAGAUAUCGUCCAUCUCUAUCAUUUAUUGUGGUCGGCAACGGUGUUGAAUAUCUUAGGUUUGGUUCUAGGCAUCAUCACGGCGGCCGUCCUGGGUGGUUUUAAAGAUAUGAUUCCUGCUCAUCCGACUCUUACCUGCACGGUUGAAAACAACCGGCCCGCUGUGUCCUAUUACUCACGACCCCAGGUGACCUCGUACAACACCUAUCACAGCACUCCUCACCUGCCGCCGUAUUCAGCGUACGAUUUCCAGGUACGGUACCCCGAGCAACCUUGGUCUUCAGCCCCAUCCAGCUGGGAGCAGAUUUUCUUCCUUGGAAGGCUCUUUUUCUACAGGUUUAAGGAACCUCUUGAAGUUACAACAGCCCUGGAAAAGCAUUCCAGCCUCUUUGCAACCUCCAGCCCAUCUGGCCUGCCGGAGGAUCCGCUCUCGUUACCGCCCUCGCCGAGCUUGGUCUGGUCCCCAACUGGAGCCCCACCUCGUUACUCUCCACCCUAUUUUCCACCUUCCGAAAAGCCGCCCCCUUAUUCACCGUGAAGACCGAGGAAAAGGGGGAAGAGGAUGCAGCCACUUUGAACUACCCACAAAACUUUUGUACUGGAAGAAGCAAACCAGCACACCGAACCUUUCCUCGGUUUCUGUUGUGGCUCCCGCCCCCGAACCUGGCCCCAUGCCCAAAAGUGCCUUGGAGCCGGGCCUGCUGCCAGAAAGUGACUUGGACAGUGAGGGGGAAGGGCCAUCAGGAUUUACCUCGGGAGCACCGGCCUCCCUGGAUCAGCUCCAGGAGCCAGAAGCAGGCCAAGCGAAAGAGAUAAUGAGGCCUCCUUUUCCUGAUUCUUUCCCCAUCCCCCAGGCCACGCCUGCAGACCCAGCUGACAGCAAUCAGGCUUGGCUCAAUCCCAGGUUUCGUAGGCAGGAGAGAAGAGAACAACAGAAACAGGGGAGGGGCAGGCCUAGGAAGUCAUGGAGCCACACCCCACAGGAUAUAAAAGGCAGCAAGAGCUGGUGUGUCUCUUUAUAUCAGGCAAAUCCACGGAUUGACUAGAGCUGAAGGUUGUGACUCACCAGCGUCUUGGCAGCCAACAAGGGCUCUUGGCAGACGCUGGCUCUUUUGCUGCCAGAGCUGAUAAGAGCCGGCUAAUUAAGUCAUCGUUCAGACGGAGGCGAGGAGGACAUAACAGUUUCCUUUCUGUACCGGGAGCCUUGCAUCCGUCACUCUUGAACUGAGGAGGGUCUCCAAAUUUGACCACUUUUAAGACGUGUGGACUUCCGAUGCCCAUGGCUGGCUGGGGCAUUCUGGGAGUUGAAGUCCCCACGUCUUAAAAGUUGUUGCCGAGUUUGGAGAGAUCCCUGGUGGGUGGGUGGGGGAAGUGAUCAAAAGUGCCCUGGAUCCUUGCUUGCUUUUGAAAUGAUGGUGGGAGAUUUAACCAUGGCCUGUGUUUUGUUUUGUUUUUUAAAAAAGAAGAAAUUGCUUUCUUCUCAUGUUCUCUUUAAGCGAAUUGCUUGUUAAAAAUAGCCUUCGGUGAUCUGGGAAUUAACUUCAGCUCCGCAAAAAUUGGACGCCUUGAUCAAACUGGCGGAUGGACAGCACUAUGCAUUUCCCAAACGGGCAAGAAAAGCUCAAGGAAGCCGGGACAGCAGUUACAACCCAUGGAAUCAAAGGUUUUCAGUCCUAUUUACUUGGGCUGCAAUGGACACCCAACAGGAGCAGGACUUGGAUCGACCGAUCGUGGCUGCCAGAUUUAUUUAUUUGACCCAAAUGACUCUGUGAAUUGGAAUCUCUGCCGGGUUUCCGAUAAGCCUACUACAAAGCCCAUCAUUGUUCAUCGCUAGAGAUGAUGGGAAGUUCGUCCUUGUAGCCGAAGGGGUAAAAUUUCUCAGCUGUUCGUUUCAAGGAAGUCCCAAAGAGUCGGAGUGCAUGAAAUUGAUUCUUUAAAACAGGGUGUGGAGAGCGGAGAGGCAGCCAAACAGACAAAUCUGCAAAUGGCCAAGAAUGAAUGCAGGGCGGUUUAUGGAUUUCAGUGCUGCUGAUUGAAGAGGCAGCCCUAUUCUGACACCCAGUGGUAGAUUCAUCGGAGUUGUGCUGGGGGGAAAAAAUCCACCAGAUUUCUUUUCUUUGAAAUAAGAGAAAAGCUAUCCCAGUGUUAUUCAACCUUGGCACCUUUAAGAUAUGUGGACUUCAACUCUCUAGAAUUCUCCAGCCACUGGGGAAACUAUGUGCUACUGAAAUUCUUAUUGUGGUGAUCUUUAACUGGAUGAAACAGUGCCUCGUAGGGCAACCAAGGUACCUCAAAUGGACUAAUUUACAGAAAUGUGUCCAAAAUCCAGGACCCAUCACUCCUUUAGGGAAUGAAAUUUGGGGAGAUUGUGACUGCUUUGGUUUUAUCGAUUGCUGGGGUUCUGCAGGGAUGCUGCUGCGGUCAUGUCAUCUUCCUUUUCAAUGUUCCGUGACAGUUUCCCAGGCAGUCUAGCAAUCCCUUGCUGCCGCCUCUACCUAACAGCAGCCUGGUACGGGGAAAGAAAGAAAAAAGAAUUGGUCCCGUCAACAGCUAUAGCCUUUACAUCUAAAUUUGAGGUUUCUUUAAAAAAAAGAGAAAGACUUGGAACAGGUGCCUCUUUUAUACGUGUGUGAGUGUGCAUGCGCACACCUGGAAACUUUUGCAUGAAUAAAUGAAUAUUUCUACCGCUUUG